CCUCCAUGACCUUUGGGACUCUAAUCCGCUUCCGAGGAUUCUCUGUGAACUGUUGAAGGUCCUCUCGAGUUUCUAUGAAAAGAUGCCAAAGAGAAAGUACAAAGUGUACCUUGAACCUCAUUGCAGUUUGGAGAUCCCAAGAUCAACACAUAGGAGAAUAUGUCAUCAAAAUGAGUAUGAGAUGCCAGCAGAUGAAACACGAGAUGGUGUGACCCUGGCAGAUGAGACUCCAACAUUUGAGAUACCGGCAGAUGGGAAUCAUUGUGGAGUGAAAGGUGACCAUGAGAGCUUGCCACAUGAAGAUGAGGCCCGGAUUUUGGCAGAUCACCAAGGGGUUUUCAUGCAAGAAAACACAUUGCCAGAAGAUGCAGAGUCAUCAGACAGCAGCAACUUUCAACGUGAAGAUUCAGAGUCACCAGAUGACAGCAACUUUGAGUGUUCAAAUGAUCCACCAGGUAAUGGAGCAGACACUGAUAUGGACACAUCUCUUAAGGCCACAGGGAAGACAUCACGGGCCGAGGCAUUACUGAUGAUCCUGACCUACGCGGCAAGGCAUCAGAUAACUGGAUCUGCACUUGAUGACUUGCUUAAACUCAUCAAUCACUUAUUUGGACAAGAUGUUGUACCAGCAUCUAAGUAUGCCUCCAACAAAGUGUUUCAAAGAAACAUGGACAAAGUUGAAUUUAUUUUGUACUGUAAAGACUGUAAAACCUCUUUGGGUGGUCAAAAUGAGGUGUUAGCGAGGGCCAUUACAGUGUGUUCAGCUUGCAAUUCACCUGUUGACCCAACUACACUUAAUAAUGGGGCCUUUUUUAUCAGCGUUCCAAUUGCUCCCCAGAUUCAGAACAUUCUGCACACUCCAGAGCUACAGACCAAGCUGAGCUACAGGGUGGACAGACCAGCCAAAGCAGGCAAUAUAAUAUCAGACAUUUAUGAUGGUGACUUGUAUAAAGUUCUGUCAGCACCAGGUGAAAUUCUAUCAGAUCCUAACAAUCUGUCAUACACAUUUAAUUCAGAUGGUUCUCCUCUAUACAAAUCAUCCAGAUUUUCCAUCUGGCCCAUUCACCUUCAUCUCAAUGAGCUGCCACCAAACAUUAGGUUCAAGCACGUGAUAUUAGCUGGGUUGUGGUUUGGAUCAACAGAACCUCAAAUGCAUGUUUUUCUUAAGCCUUUUGUCGAUCAAGCAAAAGCGCUUGCAACCAAGGCAGUGUCAUGGAAAAAGGAUGAGGGAGUGGUCAUCAGCAAAGUUGUGGGUCUAUGCUGUUGUGUUGAUUCCAAGGCUAGACCAGCAAUGCAGAACUGUACCCAGUUUAAUGGGCAUUUUGGCUGUGGGUUCUGCCUCCACCCAGGCACACUUGUAAACAGACAAGUGAAAUACCCUAUCACAGAAUCAGAUUAUCCUGACAGAGAUGCAGAGAGCAUGCUGAAAGACAUGGAGGAGGCUCUCAACCUAAAGAAAAAUGUUAGGGGAGUAAAGGGGCCAUCUCCUUUAAUUAAUAUGCCAUUCUUUGACAUUGUGUGGGGUUUUGCACCAGACUACAUGCAUGCUGUAUUACUGGGUGUUGCAAGGCAGCAUGCAAUGCUUCUGUUAGAGAGUGUAGAUGAGCCAUAUUACAUUGGUAACCCAACAAUUUACCUGCUUUUACAAGAGGAAGUCAGUUUUGAGGAGGUCAACAAAGCUGAUGAAAUGUUGUGCAUGUUUAAGAUCAAUCCUGACAAGGGCUCCAAAGUAGAGCGCCAGGAAAAGAAGAAGAGCGUUGCAGUGAACCCCAAAGUGCUGAGCCUUAUCAACCGCAUUGCGGAGUUUGAAUGGAGUACUUAA